CGCCGCCGCCGCCUGGCCGUAGGCCUACUUAUAGACGAAAUUUUCGCGAUUCGAGGUAAACUCUCUCGUUGUUUGCUUACGGCCGCGUUUCGUCGUACCAAAAGAAAAACAACUGUUUGAAACUCCGACAUCGCAGCGAGUGUCAACUUGUCAUUAUCGGCGCAGCUAGCCAAACAAUCGACGGCGUACCGAUACAGCAGCAGCGAGCAAGAAUUUAUAACAUACAAUCGUGCAAGGGUGUCGUGCAGUGUGUUCCCCCUCUGCAGGUGCCUUCGUGAAAACACACCCCAAUAAGCGUACGCAGGGAUCGAUAUUGUCGUCCGAUGUUAAAGAAAUUCGCGCUGAUCGAGAAAGCCGCUGGAUCACCGCUGCUGCGAGGACUGAUCGUAGCUGCAAAGGCCCGCACCUCCGCGACCGGUAAUCUUGGCUGCUGCAGCGGCAUUGGUAGUGCUCAUCAUAACCUAAACUCGUGCCUGCGCAUCUCGACGGCUUGUGCGACUCGCGGUGCUGCCAAUAAAGCUGACGCCGCCUGCCCCGAUCGUCCAGCUGCUGACGAGCGCCGCCGCCGAGCAGUAGUACUCAGACCAGCUCCGACGACGACGACACUCACACGCUCGUUCUCGACCUCGCACGAGCUGCUCUACAAUCGUCCGCGACCCCAAGCCGAGCACAUGACCAAGUUCAGCUACCCGAAGGCCCGCCGAGACGAGGCGGCCGUCGAGCUUCUGCAUAAUGUUGAGGUCAAAGACCCUUACAAGUGGCUCGAAGAUCCCGACUCCGAGGAAACCAAAGCCUACGUAGACGCCCAAAAUGCCAUCACUCAACCCUUCAUCAAUGCCUGUCCCAAGCGCGACGCUAUUCACGACCGGCUCAAACAGAUGUGGGAUUAUCCCAAGUAUUCGUGUCCGAUUAAAAAGGGCAGCAAAUAUUACUUCUUCAUGAAUACUGGAUUGCAAAAUCAGAGUGUAUUUUAUGUGCAAGAUUCUUUGGACGACGAACCAAGAGUUUUUCUUGAUCCCAAUACGUUGUCUGCCGAUGGGACUGUUGCUUUAGCCGGUGGAAAAUUCAGCGAAGAUAAUACCAUGUACGCUUAUGCCUUAUCCGCAAGUGGAUCUGACUGGAAUACCAUACAUUUUAUGAAUGCCAAAACCGGAGAAAAAUAUCCCGAAGUUUUGGAAAAAGUCAAAUGCUCAGGAAUAUCCUGGACUCACGAUAAUAAGGGUAUAUUCUACUCCUGUUAUCCUGAUGCUGUUGAUACAGCGGAUGGUUCUGAAACCAACAAGAAUGAAAAUCACAAACUACGUUACCACAGAAUAGGCACACCGAUCACUGAUGAUGUGACAGUUGCAGAAUUUCUUGAUCAACCUCUUUGGAGAGUAGAAGGAGAAGUUACAGAUUGUGGGAGGUGGUUAAUUGUAAUUGCUCAGAAAGAAUGUCGAGAUAAUCUAGUCUUUUUUACCAAAAUUGAGGGAAAAGAAAUAAAUGGAAAACUACCCUUAACUGAAGUAGUGGGGAAAUUGGAUGCUGAUUACGAGUACAUAGCUAAUUCGGGUACUAAAGCUGUAUUCAGAACCAAUAAAGAUGCACCAAACUACAAAUUGAUCAUGGUGGAUCUUGAAAAUUUCAAGGAAAACCAAUGGGAAUGGGAAACUUUGUUACCGGAACAUGCCCAUAAUGUCUUGGAUUGGGCAACUGCUGUCGAUGGCAACAAACUUUUCACGUGUUACAUUGAGGAUGUCAAGAAUGUAUUGAGUAUUCAUAGCUUAGAAAAUGGAACGUUACUUAAAAAGUUACCUUUAGAUGUAGGAACAAUAUCUGGAUUUUCUGGGCAUAAAAAGUACUCUGAAAUAUUUUAUUCAUUCACUUCUUUCUUAACACCUGGAAUAAUCUACACCAUGGACUUAAAAACUGAAGAGACACCAAAAGUAUUUCGUGAAAUCAAGGUCAAAGAUUUUGAUGCUAGUUUGUAUAAAACUACUCAAAUAUUCUACUCUAGCAAAGAUGGCACCAAAAUUCCAAUGUUUAUUGUGCAUAAAAAAGAUAUCGUCUUGGACGGUUCGUCACCCGCUCUUCUCUAUGGAUACGGUGGUUUCAACGUUAGCAUUCAGCCGGCAUUCAGUGUAACAAGAACAGUCUUUUUACAACACUUGAACGGCGUCUUGGCUAUUCCAAAUCUUCGCGGUGGAGGAGAAUAUGGAGAAAAGUGGCAUAACGGUGGACGAUUCAUGAAUAAACAAAAUGUUUUCGAUGAUUUUAUCAGCGCAGCUGAAUACUUGAUUGAAAACGGUUAUACAACAUCACAAAAGCUAACCAUUCAAGGAGGUAGCAAUGGUGGUCUAUUAGUUGGCGCAUGCAUCAACCAAAGACCUGAUCUAUUCGGUGCUGCAAUUGCUCAAGUUGGCGUAAUGGACAUGCUGAAAUUUCAUAAAUUCACCAUUGGCUACGCCUGGACCUCCGAUUACGGAAAUCCAGACGAGCCCGAGCACUUUAAGAACUUGAUCAAAUACUCGCCGCUGCAUAACGUCAAAGCUCCCAGCAACGGUGGCCAAUAUCCGGCAACUUUAUUGCUUACCGCUGACCACGACGAUCGAGUUGUACCGCUGCACAGCCUGAAACACAUUGCCACCCUGCAGCACGAGAUUGGCAAAUUGCCACAACAAACCAAUCCUUUGUUCAUCAGAAUCGAUGUCAAAGCCGGUCACGGUCGUGGAAAACCUACUACCAAAGUGAUUGAAGAAAGCACCGACAUCUUAUCGUUCAUGCUGCAAACGCUUAACCUGGAGUUUCAUGAUUAAAUUGUAAAUAUCCAAAAGUUUGUCACUGCCUAAAUUGGCUAAGUACUUGCAUCUUAUUAUUUACUUUCAAUAAUUUAUUGGAUAAGAAUUUUUUUAACCAAGAUUUGUUAUUAAAAAUUAACGUGGACGUGUGAAUUUUUCAAUCAAGCUAUGGAUUGUGAGUUUUUAUUUUAAGUACAAUGUUUAGAAAAGUAUUUCUUGAUCGAAUAAAAUU